AACACAACAAGUGUUCAUAAACAAAAUACUGAAGAAAACAACGAGUGGAAAACAAAUUGUUUUCGUUUUAAUUGAAGCAAUCGUUCCACAUUAGCAAUUAAAUAUUUCAUGAUGUCAUAUUGGAAGAAAUGGCAGUGUUUUGUCACAGAAAAAAAAAGUCCUUAGACUGUAUUCAGUUAUGACGACACUAUCUCAUAUCUUGUAAUGAUGAUGAUGCAGCAGAAAAACAUUGAUUGAGCCGGCAUGACGAAUGUUUAGAUUUAUCUACUGAAUCAUUCAUAGACAAGACUUAGUGGAGAUAGGACGCAAAGUGUUUCGUAACAAAAUCUACCAAUAUAUUUGCGAAUUCUGGGCUAUAUUUUAUUAACAUCUGACAAUGACAGAAGAAUUAAUCAACGAAAACGAGAGCAUCUUUAAUUGGACAAAGUUUUCCUCCAACAUGCUACGGAAUUUUGAAAAGGCAAUUUUAUCUCAUUUGAAACUUCCUUAUCGAGGGAAGUAUGUUGACAUAGGACCCUGCGUUGGCGAGGCGGACAAAAUAUACACAAUAUCAAUGAACAAUGAAUCCAAGCGGAUACCAAUUCUCUUACUCCACGGACUUGGAGCCGGUGUUGCCUUAUGGGUGUUAAAUCUAGACGAACUUGCGUUACAUCGACCUGUCUAUGCGAUUGAUGUCCUUGGAUUUGGUAGAAGUUCCCGACCACAGUUUGCUGACGAUGCUAUGAUUGCUGAAAAACAAUUGGUAAAAUCGAUAGAAGAAUGGCGAAAAGAAGUUGGAUUGAAUGAAAUGAUAGUUCUGGGUCACUCAAUGGGGGGAUUCCUAGCCGCGAGCUACGCCCUGUCAUAUCCGGACCGAGUAAAACAUUUAAUAUUGGCCGAUCCAUGGGGAUUUCCGGAGAAGCCAGCCGUUACGGAUAGUUCAAGAAAAUUGCCGCUGUGGGCGAGACCGAUAUUGGCUAUAUCCAAACAUUUGAAUCCGCUGUGGGUUGUUCGAUUUUCUGGACCUUUGGGACCAUGGAUACUCACUAAAUCUAGACCAGACAUACUGCGUAAAUUCUCUGGCGUAGUCGAAAAUCAAGACGAUAUUCCCAAUUAUAUACAUCAAUGUAACGCACAAAAACCUACUGGCGAAAGUGCCUUCCACACGAUGAUGCAAGAUUUCGCGUGGGCUAAGCAUCCCAUGCUGAAUCGAAUUCAAGAUUUGAAAAAUACUGUACCCAUCACUUUCAUAUACGGAGCAAACUCCUGGCUGCGCAAUAACUCGGGAGAAAAAGUAAAACAAAUCCGGCAGGAAACCUAUGUGAAUGUGAAAUAUAUCGAAGGUGCAGGUCACCAUAUAUAUGCGGAUGGUGGCGAAAUGUUCAACAAAUUAGUCAACGAAGCUUGUAAUAUCUGUGAAACAGAAAAACAACGUAUUGUUCAUAUUGAACCGAAUGAAACAUAAUUUUGGAUAUGCUAUAUUAAAAAGUCAUGUUAUUUUCACAAA